AUGGCGUUGAAACUCACCUAUUUCGACAUCCGCGGACUUGCUGAGCCAAUUCGCCUUCUCCUCACCGACAAACAAAUCCCGUUUGAAGAUCAUCGCGUUUCUCGUGAAGAAUGGGCCGAGCUCAAACCAAAAAUGAUCUUUGGACAAAUUCCAUGCCUCUUCUCGGGAGAUGAAGAAAUUGUUCAAUCAGGAACUAUUCUUCGCCAUUUGGGCCGCGUUCAUGGAUUAAACGGCACAAAUGAGAGCGAAACGACUUUCAUCGAUAUGUUUCAUGAGGGACUCCGCGAUUUGCAUACCCAAUACACUCGUAUGAUCUAUACAAAUUAUGAAGCUGGAAAAGACGAGUUCAUCAAGGAGACCCUUCCAACUUUCUUGAAAAGAAUUGAGAAGCUUUUUCACACCUUCAAGUCUGGAGAGCAAUUCGUCGCUGGAAACAAAGAAAGCUAUGCGGACUAUGUUUUGUUUGAAGAGCUUGACAUCAUGCUCAUUUUGAAUCCAUCUGCUUUAGACGAGACUCCAGCUCUCAAGAAGUUCCACGAGAGAUUUGCGGCACGCCCGAAUCUCAAGAACUACUUGAACAAGCGCGCUGCACUCAACACUCCGGUCAACGGCAACGGAAAACAAUAA